CUCAGAUAUACGUAUCGAUCGUUUGCCCAAGCUGUUGACCAAGUGGUCUCAUGCCAGGAUACUAUGGCUCAGCAAUAUCUACUAGAUUGCAUUAUACAGGUCUUCCCGGAUGAAUAUCAUCUCUCUACACUGGACUCACUUCUAACGACAUGCAGCAAAACUAACAGCGCUGUGGACCUGAAGCCGAUCAUUGUCAACCUUAUGAACCGUCUAGCAGUAUACGUUUCGUCGAACCCGGGGUCGGUCCCUCACGACUUGGACGUUUUCGAGCUCUUCCGAUCGCAUCUCGACCGAAUGCUGGAUCGCAGGAGUCGUAGCAGUCUGGCGUCCCUGAUUGAUAUUAUGGGAGCUUAUCUUGGGUUCACCAUAACACUCUAUCCCGAUAGACAGGACCACUUGCAGGUACUAUGGGGAACGGGAAAUCACUUCCUGCUACUAGUAAUGGUGCUAGUCACAGGACCACUAGUAGUGGUGCUAGUCACAGGACCACUAGUAGUGCUGCUAGUCACAGGACCACUA